CCGGCCGGGGGCCGGGCCCCGCGCGGUGGCGGGAAAGCUGAGGCUUCCGCGCUUCCCUGGACCUUGAAGGGCUGCGGGAGGCGCCAGCAUGGACGCGGCUGAAGUGGAGUUUUUGGCUGAGAAGGAGCUGGUUACCAUUAUCCCAAACUUCAGCCUGGACAAGAUCUACCUCAUCGGGGGGGACCUGGGGCCUUUCAACCCCGGCUUACCGGUGGAGGUGCCUCUGUGGUUGGCGAUUAACCUGAAACAAAGACAGAAGUGUCGGCUGAUUCCUCCUGAGUGGAUGGAUGUGGAAAAGUUGGAGAAGAUUAGGGAUCACGAGCGAAAGGAAGAAACUUUUACCCCUAUGCCUAGCCCUUACUACAUGGAACUUACCAAACUCCUGUUAAAUCAUGCUUCAGACAACAUCCCGAAAGCGGAUGAGAUCCGGACCCUGAUCAAGGAUGUGUGGGAUACUCGCAUCGCCAAACUGCGGGUGUCUGCGGACAGCUUCGUGCGGCAGCAGGAGGCCCAUGCCAAGCUGGAUAACCUGACCUUGAUGGAAAUCAACACCAGCGGGGCUUUCCUCACACAAGCGCUCAAUCACAUGUACAAACUCCGUACAAACCUGCAACCUUCGGAGAGCGUCCAGUCGCAAGACUUCUAGAGAAAGACCCGAAUUUGUAAAGAAAGGCCGGCCGGAGGCGUGCCAGGUGGUAUGUGUGCGUGCCCAAGACGUGGUAGGGGCACUCUGAUUUCUGGAGUGUUCUAGAACCGUUUUUAAACGCCUGAGAAACUGUGUACCCAAACAAGGAAUGGGUUCGUGACAUUGGUGGAAAGCAACAGGUUCGUGCUCAGUCAUCGAGACACUCGAAUUCCACAUCUGUCUCUGGGAGCCAGCUGUUCUCUUAUGGGGGGAAGAAAGCAGCUUUGGUGAAACAUGCAAUCUUUGCUAGCAGAGCCUCCGGCCUCCCGGUGGUUGUCGUGUGGGUGAGCAUUCGGUGAUGUUUUGUGUUUUAAAGAGUGAUACAGUAGGGGUGGCUAUGUGGCCUAGGACUUUCCUUUCUUGACCAACGCUGAUCUCUUGGGCUAAACUUAGCCUCUCCUUGAGUUUGCUCACAGAGAAGGACACAGUUCACCAUCUGAGCCCAAUAAAGACGGAAUCCGCCCAAUUCUUGAACUGGGGUUUUCUUCUGCAUUACUACCAAGGGAGCAAGUCCCAUGGCUGAAAUGGCCUGACUGAUCAAAUGGAGAUCAGGGGUAAUCUUCAGGCUGUUCUCUUGGGUACUUCUGGUUAAGGUGCAGGGCUGCUUAUCAGGAGGAAAGCCAGCGGGGCGCCUGGGUGGUUCAGUACCUUAAGCGUCUGAGUCGACAUGAUCUCCUGGUUUGUGGUCUGAGCCCCGCGUGGCACUCCACGCUAACAGCAUGGGGCCUGCUCGGGAUCCUCUCUCCCGCUUGCCCUGUGUGUGUGCGUGCACACAAAGUUAAAAAAACGUACAAGACCACACCAGAGGUCAUCUUUGGACUCAGAAGCCAUUCCGGAGGUGGCAGGACAUGUGGCCUUGGCAUGAUUUAGGAUUCCUUGGAUUGAUUAUACAAAGAAAAGAUGAACCCAAACACAGAUUUGCAAGACAUGGCCCGUAUGAGAAGAAAAGGCCUUAGGAGAACAGAAUGAAGAAAGUCCGGGGCCUGGGGAAGGCGGCCAUAAGUAAGCUGGAGAUGGGACAAAGGAAGAAGUAAAGGUUCUGCAGGGACUUGACUUGUGGUGACCCUGUAGACUUUUCACAAGGAGAUUCGUGAACUAAGAACUUAAAGGAAAGCUUGGGAAAAAUGGAUUGUGUGCUCUGGGGCACAUGACGAGGCUCAAGGCAUUGUUCUGGGAGGGCCUGUGUUGCUGCCCUUGAUGGAGAGGAGAGACUUUGCUGGAGGCAGUGUCUCAAGGAAGGAUCAUUUCUUUUCCGAGGAGAAAUACCUUUCAAUUGCGGUUUAGAAUCGCUCUAGAAAUCACCUUACCUUGAGGGGAGAAAUGAUGCUUUGGAGGCAUACAAGGGAUAGAAGGUUCUGUACCCAGCUGGCUUUGGAUAGUAGCAUGGUCAGGAGCCUGCUCUCCCUCGGGCUUUUCGGAGUGAUCACUUUUACACGCGUGAUCAGCUGAGCAGAAAGAACAGCUUCUGGUGUUUGCCCUUUAGUGUUCAAAGCCCAAACUCACCUGACGUGACUCAAGCACUGUUUCUCCGUUCCAGAUCGUUCCCCAGCUGUCCUCCAACAAACAGCCAAUGGUUGUUAUCUGAGCACUGAAGGGCCAGACACGGAGAAGACUGCUCUCUGUCAUUUAAGGGGACAGUUCAGAGGGUUGCUUUCGGAUGACAGGACUUGCCUUUUCAUCUGGGGACUUUUCUGGAAUGAAACCGCACGGUACUGGGGAGAGCCAGGAGUCCUGUAGAGCUCAGACCUCACCCCUUAAUACCUUUCUUUUAAAACCUGUCUUCACAUUUUACCUCUAAAGCUAGAUGGCUGGGCUGCUGGGGUUUUUUUGUUUUUGUUUUGUUUUGUUUUGCCCUAUUAGGACAUACAAAAGAUUUGCCUCUUAACAUGAUUUAGGAAGAUUUUAUUUUUUUGGAUGUUGUCAGAAAUUACAGCAAUAUAUUCAUAAAUACCUAAUUACUACAUUCAACAAAUAAUAUUACAAUACAAUUAAUUCAAACAAGUACACUUAGAACAGGUUUAAUUUCACAGCAUCUAAACUGCCCCCAGAGUGACCGAGGCAUCCCUCCUCCCUCCCAUGUACUGGUUUUACUGUUCUAGCAAGUGAGCACAGGGCACAUACAAAGUAACACAACCCAUCAGCGUGGCCUUCCUCAGGUCAAGGCAGAAUGAAGGAGUCUAAGUUAAGUGCUGGAUCAAAAAGUUGGGACUGGCUACUGUAAGACGGGAGAAGUCAGGUACUGGUUUCCGUGGGGUGCGGGAUAUGUCUGCUGCUAAGUGGCUAAUACACAGCUAAGAGUUACAGAAUUGGCUUGUGCCGACCAUCUCCAUCUUGUGGUGGAUCCCUGGAAUUUUCUACUUUGAAGACCGCUCAGAGGGGAAAGGGGGUGCCUGGUUUUUGAGAUUUGGCAGCCUUAUCGAGCUACUGGAGGAAAACCCACUCCACGUACAGACCUCCUUGUACUAGGAUCCUCCACUGCCGAGAGUGUGGGCUCCUCUAAGUAUUCUUGGAAUUUCCUUAAGGAUGUAAUCUAUUAGAAUGUGAAUGCCAAGGAAGUGUUUAGCCUAUAAUCUGUA